AUGUCAAUACCAAGAAGAAUAAUAAAGGAAACGCAAAACUUAGCAAAUGAGCCACCCCCAGGUAUUGUUGCUGCACCCGUUCCCGAAAAUUAUAGGCAUUUUGAUAUUGUAAUAAAUGGACCAGAAGGAACCCCAUAUGAAGGUGGCUCCUAUAAAUUAGAACUUUUUUUACCUGAACAAUAUCCUAUGGAACCACCAAAAGUUCGAUUUUUAACAAAAAUAUAUCACCCCAACAUUGAUAAAUUAGGAAGAAUAUGUUUAGAUAUAUUAAAAGAUAAAUGGAGCCCAGCAUUACAAAUAAGAACCGUUUUGCUAAGUAUACAAGCUUUAUUAUCAUCACCUGAACCCGAUGAUCCAUUAGAUUCAAAGGUUGCAGAUCAUUUUAAACAAGAUAAAAAAGAUGCUGAAAAUGUUGCAAGAGAAUGGAAUAGAAUGUAUGCCAAUAGUGCCAUAUAA